CCCUCUCUCUUGUGGAAAAAAAAAAAAAUUCUUUUUACGUAUAUAAUAAAUUAAUAAAAUUUAACAUGACAGAUUUAAAAGAUCAAAAUAAUCCAGAAGUUAUACCUAGUGAAACUAGUGAAGAAAUUAUUGUUAAAGAGAGGUCUACAACUGCUGUGAUAACCUCAACUGAUUCACCUACAGAAAAAUCACAAACAUCAUCAUCCGAUGAGAAAACAGUUAAUGAUGUUGAUUUCUCUGUAGUUGAUGCUUUACCCCCACAAUCAAAUAAUGAUGAUAUUAAUCAAGAUGAAUCAUUAAAAUCAACUGAAAAAGGUGAAAAAACAAAAGACAGUAAGAAAAAAGAUAAAGAUAAUAAAAAUGAUGAUAAAUUACCUUUCUCUCAAUUGUUUCGUUAUGCUUCCGCGAUUGAUAAAUUAUAUAUGAUACUAGGAUCAAUUUGUGCAUUGGCUAAUGGUGUCGCAAUUCCACUUAUGACAAUUAUUUUUUCCGAUUUCAUUCAAGUUUUUAUUGCUUUUAACACUGCCUUACUUUCAGGAAUUGAGCUUGAUUCUAAAAGAACUGAAUUAGAUGAUGGCAUUAAAAAGAAUUCAAUUUACUUUAUCAUUCUUGGUUGUGGAGUUUUCGUUUGUGCUUAUGGUCAAAUGUUUUUUUGGAUGACUGCUGGUGAAAACCAAGCAAAGAGAAUCCGUCAAUUAUAUUACUCUUCAAUUCUUCGUCAAGAUAUAGCUUUCUUUGAUACUGUACCAACUGGUGAUGUUACCACUCGCAUAUCUGGUGAUGUAAAUAUUUACCAAGAAGGUAUCUCGGAAAAAGUUGGUUUAAUCACUCAACAAUUUGCUGUCUUCAUUUCCGGUUUUGCAAUCGCUUACUCCAAAGGAUGGAAACUGUCACUUGUACUUACCGCUAUAAUUCCACUUCUUGCUAUCGCUGGUGGUGUAAUGGCCAAAGCCAUUUCUGAUGAUGCUUCUAAAGGGCAAGAUUCAUACGCUGCAGCCGGGGCUGUUGCUGAACAAGUCUUAUCCGGAAUUCGAACUGUUAUUUCAUUCGGUGGUGAGAAACGCGAACUUGCUCGUUACAAGAAUAAAUUAGAUGAUGCAUAUAAAACUGGCGUUAAGAAAGCUUUUAUAUCUGGUACCGGUCUUGGCGCGAUGAUGGGUAUUAUGUUUGGAAGUUAUGGCUUGGCUUUCUGGUUUGGAAGUAUACUCGUUGUCCGUGGUGAACAAACCGGCGGUGAAGUUUUAAACGUUUUCUUUGCCAUUAUCAUGGGUGCUUUCUCUAUUGGAAAUGCAGCGCCACAUUUCUCGUCUGUGGCAAACGCGUUAGGUGCAGCUAAAAAUCUUUUUUCUGUCAUUGAAAGAGUUCCUAUUAUAGAUUCAUCCUUAAACACAGGCAAAAAAAUAAAUAAAUCCGAGUUUAAAGGACACAUCGAAUUCAAAAAUAUCAAUUUUCAUUAUCCAUCACGUCCCGAUGUACAAGUUUUAAAAGAUUUUAGUUUGACAAUUGAACCUGGUCAAACUGUUGCUCUUGUUGGUAGUUCAGGAAGUGGUAAAUCAACUAUUGUUGGUUUAUUAGAAAGAUUUUACAAUCCUAUUAGUGGAAGUAUUACUUUAGAUGGUGAAGAUAUUAAGAAUUUAAAUGUUAAAUCUUUAAGGACUCAAAUUGGUCUAGUAGGUCAAGAACCUGUUCUCUUUCCUGAAAGUAUUAAACAAAAUGUAUUUUGGGGUGCUGAUCCUUCUGAAAAAGAACCAACUUUGGACGAUGUUAUUGAAGCAUGUAAGAAAUCUAAUGCUCAUGAUUUCAUUAAUGAAUUACCAAAGAAAUAUGAUACUUUAGUUGGUGAAAAGGGUGCUCUAUUAUCUGGUGGUCAAAAACAACGUAUCGCAAUUGCUCGUGCUUUAAUUAAAGAUCCUCCAUUAUUACUACUCGACGAAGCUACAUCUGCUCUUGAUACUGAAUCCGAAAGACUUGUACAAACGGCACUCGAUAAUGCUUCAACAAAUCGGACUACAAUCGUAAUUGCCCAUCGUUUAUCAACUAUUAAACAUGCUGAUAAAAUUGUUGUAAUGUCUAAAGGUGAAAUCAUUGAAAUUGGUCGUCAUGAUGAACUAAUUGCCAAAGAAGGUGUUUACUAUGGUCUUGUUAGAGCUCAAGAAUUAAAAACUGAACAAAAUAAUGAAGACGACGACGAAAAUGAUGAUGAUUCAAGUUUAAGCAGUAAAACUGAGAAUGACAUAGCUAUAAAUUUUGAUGAAAAACAUGAAAAGCAUCAUAAUUUAACUCGUGUAACAACAAAAGCUUCGACUGUAAGAUCCGGUGUUAAAUCAGAAAAGGAAAUCCUUGAAGAAUCUGAAAAGGAAAAAUUAAACCAAAAAAUGCCACUUGCAAGAGUAUUUAGAGCAAAUUUACCUGAAAUAUACCUCAUAAUCAUUGGAACUAUCGCAUCAACUGUUAAUGGAGCUAUCAUGCCACUGUUCUCAUUAGUUUUCGCUUCCAUUUUAGAAGUAUUUUCAAAUGUUAAUCAACCUGAAAAACUUCGAAGAGAUGCAAAUUUCUGGGCUGGAAUGUUUGGAAUUCUUGCUUUGGUUGCAUUAUUAUGCAAUUUUUUCCAACUUGCAUGUUUCAUGAUUUCAGCCGAGAGACUUACAAGGAGAUUACGUCUCUUAACUUUUGAAGCGCUUAUGAAACAAGAAAUUGGUUUUUUUGAUGAUGAAAAGAAUGGUACUGGCAUCUUGACAUCGAAAUUGGCUGUAGAUGCCAGUAAAAUAGAAGGUUUAACUGGUUCUUUAAUGGGCAAUAUACUUCAAAAUAUGGCAAAUAUCGGGAUCGGUCUUGGACUCGCGUUUGCCUUUGGCUGGAAACUUACUUUUGUUAUCAUUGCCGCAUCUCCUGUCGUUGCUAUUUCUGGAUUUUUGGAAAUGAAAGCUCUUGCAGGUUUCGGUGCAAAGACGCGUAAAGCUUAUGAAGGUACCGGACAAAUUGUUCAACAAAGUGUUUCCAAUAUGAGAACAAUUUCAGCUCUUACCAGGGAAGAAACAUUCAAAACUAUGUACGCUGAUGCUAUUAGAGAACCUCACAAGAUUGCAAUUAAAGGAUGUAUCCUAUCAUCUGUUGGAUUUGGAUGUUCUCAAGGUUCAUUAUACUUUAUUUGGUCUCUUGCUUUCUGGUACGGAGGUCAAUUAGUUAUGUCAGGAGAAUACAACGUUCAACAAAUGUUGAGAGUAUUAUUUGCAGUAGUUUUUUCCGCUAUGGCUGUCGGUCAAAUGAGUACAUUUGCACCAAAUACUGCAAAAGCAAAAGUUGCAGCAAUUUCAAUUUUUGAAGUUCUUGAUCGUAAACCAGAAAUUGAUGCUACGGAUAAUGAAGGAAAAGAUCGACCUACACCAGUUAAAGGAGAAGCAAAAUUUGAGGGAGUACAUUUUAAUUAUCCAGCGAGACCUGAUGUACACAUUCUUAGAGGAUUGGAUAUGUCAAUUUAUUCUGGUAAAACAAUUGCGUUAGUUGGAUCAUCAGGAUCUGGCAAAUCAACUGUUAUAGCAUUAUUACUUAGAUGGUAUGACGUUAAUUCUGGAAAAGUUGAUGUAGAAAAAGUUGAUGUAAAAAAUUGGAAUCUUGAAUAUUUAAGAUCCAAUAUUUCAUUAGUUGGACAAGAACCUGUAUUAUUUGAUUUAACUAUAGGGGAGAAUAUUGCUUAUGGUAAAGAAGGAUGUUCACAAGAAGAAAUUGAACAAGCAUCAAAAAAUGCAAAUAUUUAUAAUUUUAUUACGAGUUUACCUGAUAAAUAUGACACAAGAGUGGGAGAAAAAGGUACCCAAUUAUCAGGUGGACAAAAACAACGUAUAGCUAUCGCAAGAGCAUUAAUUCGGUCACCAAAAUUAUUAUUACUUGAUGAAGCCACCUCAGCUUUAGAUUCGGAAUCCGAAAAAGUAGUGCAAAAUGCUUUAGAUAAAGCUUCUAAAAAUAGAACCACACUUACUAUUGCACAUCGUUUAUCCACUAUACAAGAUGCUGAUUUAAUUUUAGUUUGUAAGAAAGGUAAAAUUAUUGAAAGUGGUAAACAUAUGGAAUUAAUUUCACAACAAGGUUUAUAUUAUGAAUUAGUUAAUAAGCAGACUUUAAUAAAAAAGAAAUAAAUAUAGAUCAUAUUCCUUAUAAAUAGAUUAAUAUUUUAGUAAUAAUC